AUGAACCUAAUUACAUUUAUUUUGUUAUUGUCGUCCCUCAUCACAAUAGUAACACCCAAAGAAAUCACUGGAGUAUUUACAAGUUUUAAUUCCUUAACUUAUAAUGAUGCAGCUAAUUAUGGUGCUCAAUGCCCGGGAUAUCCAACAUGGAUUGCAACUUUAGGUUGGUCUUUAGAUGGUUCUGUUGCCUCUCCUGGUGACUCAUUCACCUUGAUUAUGCCUUGUGUUUUCAAGUUUACUAGUUCAGAAACAUCAGUGGACUUAACUGUUGAUGGAGUAAGUUAUGCUACUUGUAAUUUGAAUAACGGGGAAGAAUUUACUACAUUUUCUAGUAUGUCUUGUGUUGUUAGUAGUGCUUUAACUUCUACUACUCAAGCUUUAGGUGCUGUUAGUAUUCCAUUCUCAUUUAAUGUUGGUGGUUCUGGUUCGUCCGUUGAUUUAGAAGAUGCCACUUGUUUUACUGCUGGUACCAAUACUGUUACUUUCAAAGAUGGUGAUAACGAACUCUCGAUCAAUGCCGUUUUUGACAAAACCACUGCUUCAGUAUCAGAUGAAAUUAUUUCAGUUAGAUCUGUUCCGUCGAUUGGAAAAUUGCAACAAAUCUCUAUUGCAAAAGAUUGUCCAAGUGGCUAUGGUAGUGGAUAUAUGAGUAUAAUUAUUAAAGAUAAUACUGCUGUUAUGGAUUGCUCUUCAGUUCAUAUUGGUAUUACUAAUGAACUCAAUGAUUGGAAUCAACCAAUGAAUUCUGAAUCAUUUUCUUACACUAAAAGCUGUUCAGCAACUGAGUUUAUUGUUUCAUUCACUGAUAUUGCAGCUGGUUAUAGACCAUUCAUGGACUCAUUCCUUACAACAACUGGCAAUGCAAAAUUAACUGUUGAUUAUCAUUACGAGUAUACUUGUAAAAAUGGUGAUACGGUUGCUGAAACUGACAGAAGAAUUUUCAGUCCUUAUACGAACAGUAAUACUGGCUGUAGCGGUGUUGUUUUGGUUAUAACCACCAGAACAGGAACACAAACUACUACUGCUGUUACCACUUUGCCAUUCGAUCCAAGUCAAGACCAUACUAAAACAAUUGAAGUUAUUGAACCAAUUCCAACAACAACAAUCACUACUUCAUACCUUGGUAUCACAACUUCUUAUAGUACAAUCUCAGGCACUGUUGGUGGAACUGCUACUGUUAUUGUUGAUGAACCAUAUCAUUCCACAACUACUGUUUAUACAUCUUGGACUGGAGUGGGAACCACUUCACACACCAUCACUGCUUCCACUGAUUCAAUUGACACUGUUUUUGUUGAAACUCCAGUGCCAAAUCAUACAGUCACCACCACUGAAUACGAAGAUGUAUCAGCUGCUACUACCUACACUGAAACGGCUACUCACGGUGGUACUGAUACUGUUCACAUCAUUGAACCAGUUAACCCAACUGUUACCACCACUGAAUUCGGAUCUGUUUCUGCACCAACUACGAUUACGUACACCAACCAGCCAGGUGAAACCGACACUGUUAUUGUUUACGAUCCAUCCAAUCCAACUGUUACCACCACUAAAUUCGGAUCUGUUUCUGCACCAACUACGAUUACGUACACCAACCAGCCAGGCGAAACCGACACUGUUAUUGUUUACGAUCCAUCUAAUCCUACUGUCACCACUACAGAAUUCGGAUCUGUUUCUGCACCAACUACGAUUACGUACACCAACCAGCCAGGCGAAACGGAUACUGUUAUUGUUUACGAUCCAUCUAAUCCUACUGUCACCACUACAGAAUUUGGUUCUGUAUUAGAGGCUACCACGAUCACUUACACGAAUCAACCGGGUGAAACUGAUUCUAUUUUAAUUGUGCUCCCGCAAAUCCAACUGUAA